AAGGAGAGCACCAUGAGUGCCGAGGAGGACUACAUGGCCGAUGCCAAGACGAUUGUCAACGUCCAGACCAUGUUCAGGCUCUUCCCCAGCCUCAGCAUUAUCACAGAGCUGACCCACCCCUCCAACAUGAGAUUCAUGCAGUUCAGAGCAAAGGACAGUUACUCUCUGGCCCUUUCCAAGCUAGAAAAGAGAGAGCGAGAGAAUGGCUCCAACCUGGCCUUCAUGUUCCGGCUGCCCUUUGCAGCAGGGAGGGUCUUCAGCAUCAGCAUGUUGGACACGCUGCUCUACCAGUCGUUCGUGAAGGAUUACAUGAUCACCAUCACUCGGCUGCUGCUGGGCCUCGACACCACGCCGGGCUCCGGGUACCUCUGUGCGAUGAAGAUCACCGAGGAUGACCUGUGGAUCCGGACGUACGGCCGCCUCUUCCAGAAGCUCUGCUCCUCCAGUGCCGAGAUUCCCAUCGGCAUCUACAGGACGGAGUCGCACAUGUUCGCAACCUCCGAGCCCCACGACAUCAGAGCGCAGGUGAGUGCCACUUGUCUCCAGCCUCGGGCGCUGCCUCCCUGUCCCCCUACCCUGGGGCUGAUCCCUGGGUGGCUCUGGCCACUGAGAGCCACCCUGUGCUUUGUGCCAGUCCUCAGCCCCGGUGCCAGCACAGCCCUGCCCGUCCCCAUGGAAGGGAGAUAUUGACUGAGCCUCAGCGCUCU